UCACAGACUCACAGUGCCAUUUGGUCUUUCAGUUUAGGACAGAUGAGAACAGACUUUAAUUUGCAAGUGCUAGUUGUUGAAUUCUUCCUCUGUUUGACUCAAAUUCCUGGAGAUAUGGACUCAGAAAACAAAUAUUCUAUACUACUCAUCAUUAUCUUGGGAGUUGUGACAGAGGCUCAAACUAAAUUCAUUAAAACUAAAGCGGCUGCUAUGACGGAGGCGCUUGACUCAGUUGAUGACCAAUACAUUGGAUGUGAGGUGCAAAUGCUGGACAAGGUUCUGGGGAAAGGUGGCUUGCUACAAAAGGAGCUUGAUGCAGAUCAUGACUACUUGGAGGCCUGGAAUAAUGGAAGAACCUGCAGGAGGCUGAUUCCCGGGGCCCGAGAGGAACACAGCGUCGCUCUGGCAGUGUUCACCAGUGACUUCAACUUCUAUGAUAAAUUCAACGAUGCUGUCAGCACCCUAGGUCGCACUGUCGAAAUUUAUAAAAGCAAGUUUCCAUACAAGUCUCUCCAUUUUCUUCUGACGGAUGCUUUACGGAUCCUGAAUAAAACACAGUGUUACCAGGGCAGUAGUGGAACUCAUCAGAACUUGAGCUUAACUGCGGUGAACUCAGUCGUGCGUUUGGGAGCGUAUCACUGGGGAAGUCCUUUCAUGGAGAGGUUUUGCCAGACCGAGUACAAGGUGACAUCCUGUCUUGCUGUCGAUGUAAAAGACUAUUCUUGUUUCAGAGACAUAGAUGUCGUAAUACCUCCUUAUGAGUCCUUCACAGUGACUGCCGUGGAUACCAUAAAUGACGGAGAAAAAGAAGUCAUCACUCUGAUGUCCACAGAAAAGCGUCGGAAAAAACUUCAAUGUGCCUAUCUACAGAGUACUGGUACCGCGGACCAUGUGGCUCACUCCACUGCUUUGGUGCUGCUGGCUGCCUCCCACUUUGUGUUCCUCAUCACAUGAAGGGUGGUGGGGCGGUGA